AAUGGAGUGGUCUCUGUUUUUCCGACGCAAUCCAACCGUGGAGAGUAAUGUCACCAUUGGUGUGAUUGAUUCUGGAAUCUGGCCUGAGUCAGAAAGCUUUAGCGACAACGGUUUUGGUCCUCCUCCCCAAAAGUGGAAAGGUGUCUGUGAGGGUGGCGAAAAUUUUACUUGCAACAACAAGCUCAUCGGAGCUAGAUAUUACACUACUGGCUCAGCAAGAGAUGACGAAGGUCAUGGGAGUCAUACUGCAUCUACUGCAGCUGGAAACCCUGUCAAAGGUGCUAGUUUCUUUGGGCUAGGAGAAGGAACUGCCAAAGGAGGGGUUCCCUCUGCAAGGAUUGCCGCAUACAGAACCUGUGAUACAAACGGGUGCGGUUCAGAAGAAAUUUUGGCAGCUUUUGACGAUGCAAUAGCUGAUGGAGUUGACUUGAUUACAAUUUCAAUAGGAACUGACGACCCCAUAGACUUCAAAUUUGAUCCCAUAGCAAUCGGUGCCUUCCAUGCCAUGGAGAAAGGAAUUCUUACCGUACAAGCUGCUGGAAAUAGUGGGUUCUCAGUAACAUUUAAGUCAACUUCAAGUUCAGCACCAUGGGUGCUUUCUGUUGCUGCAAGUAGCAUAGAUCGCCAAUUCAUCAGCAAGGUUGUUCUUGGGAACGGAAAGACACUAACGGGUUUGUCAAUCAAUACAUUCACGCUAAAUGGAACAAAGUUCCCAGUGGUUUCUGGAGAAGAUGUUGUAAAUAGUGGCUGUGGAGAAGCUGACGGUCGGGCUUGUGGCGAGGGGUGUCUCAACAAAGAAGCAGUAAAGGGAAAGAUUGUAUUGUGCAACACUGUUGAUGGAAUUGAUGGAGUGAAGUAUGCUGGUGGAGUAGGAGCAAUUGUCUAUAACAAUUUAAAUGAAACUGUUCCUCGUGCGCUCAUUUUCUCAAUUCCUGCCAUAGCUUUAAACAAAGAUAACUUUACUUUUGUGGAGACCUAUGUAAAGUCCAAAAAUCCUGUAGCUGAAAUAUUAAGAAACAUCAUUAAGAUGAUGCAGGUUUACAUUGUGUACAUGGGAUCAUGUGUUGAGGGGGAAACCUCUGUAAGAGAUGUCUUGAUAAGAAAUUACAAAAGGAGCUUUAAUGGAUUUGCUGCCAAGCUCACUGAUCACGAGGCAAAGAGGCUGGAAGGAAUGAGUGGAGUGGUCUCUGUUUUUCCUAGUACAACUUUCCAUGUACAGACAACAAGAUCAUGGGAUUUCAUAGGUUUCAAUGAAACCGUCGAACGCAACCCAACCGUGGAGAGUAAUGUCACAAUUGGUGUGAUUGAUAGUGGAAUCUGGCCUGAAUCAGAAAGCUUUAGUGACAAAGGUUUUGGUCCUCCUCCACAAAAGUGGAAGGGUGUUUGUGAUGGUGGCCAAAAUUUUACUUGCAACAAUAAGAUUAUCGGAGCUAGAUUUUACGUUGGUGACUCAACAAGGGAUGAAGGCGGUCAUGGGACUCAUGCUGCAUCUAUUGCAGCUGGAAACCAUGUAAAAGGUGCUAGUUUCUUUGGGCUGGGAGAAGGAACUGCCAAAGGAGGGGCUCCCUCAGCAAGGAUCUCUGCAUAUAGAGUUUGCGAUAAAGAGGGCGAGUGCAGUGCAGAUGGAAUUUUGGCAGCUUUUGAUGAUGCAAUAGCUGAUGGAGUUGACUUGAUUACAAUUUCAAUAGGAGCUGAAGCUCCCAUAGACAUCGAAAAUGAUCCCAUAGCAAUCGGUUCCUUCCAUGCCAUGGAAAAAGGAAUUCUUACCGUACAAGCUGCUGGAAAUAGUGGGAGCGCUUCAACAUUUUUGCCGACUUCAAGUGUAUCACCAUGGCUGCUUUCUGUUGCUGCAAGUGGCAUAGAUCGCCAGUUCAUCAACAAGGUUGUUCUUGGGAACGGGGAGACACUAACGGGUAUGACAAUCGAUACAUUCACACUAAAUGGAACAAAGUUCCCAGUGGUUACUGGACAAAAUGUUUCAAAUGGUAUUUGCGGGGAGACCGGAAUUCAAGCUUGUAACGAUGGGUGUCUCAACCCAGAAGCAGUAAAGGGAAAGAUUGUAUUGUGCGGCGAUUUUAGGGCAUUUAAAGGAGUCAAGGUUGCUGGUGGAGUAGGAGUAAUUGUCCUUAACAGUGCAAAUGAUUUUGUCCCUCGUGCGGUCAUUGUCUCAUUACCUGCCAUAGCUUUAAACAGCGAUAACUUUACUUUUGUGGAGAACUAUGUGAAGUCCGCAAACCCUGUAGCUGAAAUAUUAACAAGUGAAACUAUUAAAAACCAUGAUGCUCCUAGAGUAGCUCGCUUCUCUUCACGUGGGCCAAAUUCUGUGAUACCAGAUGUUUUGAAGCCGGAUUUAAGUGCUCCCGGGGUGGAUAUCUUGGCCGCGUACUCACCUCUAGGUUCACCCUCAGGAUUCUUUGGAGACAAUAGGCAAGUCAAAUAUAGUGUAUUGUCUGGAACUUCCAUGGCUUGUCCUCAUGCUGCUGGUGCUGCUGUCUAUGUUAAAUCAAUUCAUCCCGAUUGGUCUGCUUCUGCAAUCAAAUCUGCUUUGAUGACCACCGCUUCCUUCAUAGAGCCAAAUUCUCAACUUGAUCCAAGUCAAGGAAUUUCUUUUUCACCUGGAAAUAUUAAUCCUGCCAAAGCUAUUAAUCCGGGACUUGUAUAUGAAACUUCUAAAGAAGACUACAUAAAUGUGCUUUGCAGCAUUGGAUAUACUUCAGAUAUUAUUAGAAUAAUUUCUGGAGAUAACAGCUCUUGCCCGGAGAGCUCAAAGAACGGAUCGGCAAGGGAUAUGAAUUAUCCUUCACUGGCAGCUCAGGUUCCUGUAAGCAAACCUUUCAAACUUGAGUUUCAUAGAACAGUUACAAAUGUUGGCAGUGCAAAUUCCACUUACAAGGUACAAGUCUCUAAAAAUUCCAAGCAUAGUCUCAAUGUCACAGUGGUUCCUGAAGUUUUAUCUUUCAAGUCUAUAAAUGAGAAGAAGUCUUUCAACGUGACUGUUACUGGAGAAGGUUUUGAGGAAUUUGAUUAUGUGGCUACUGACUUGGUAUGGUCUGAUGGUAGCCAUAUGCUCAUUACAGAGACCCUAUUCCGUCCAAAUCCCAAAACCCUGCCUCUAGACUUCAAUUUCUGCAAAUCCAUUUCAGGGUUUAGGCAAUACCAUGAUGGGAGGCCAAGGGGACCCCUUUGGAGAGGGAAGAAGCUGAUAACCAAAAAGACGCUUUUUGAGAUACUGGGUUUAAAGAGGUUCAAGAAAGAUGAAGAAAAACUUCAAAAAUUCAUCAAGUUGCUUGUGUUAAGGGUAUUGAAGAUGGACAUGAUUGCUGUUCUAACUGAGCUUGAGAGCCAAGGAGAGACUUUUCUAGCUGUUAAGGUAGUAUCUUAGCAGCACCCGUCAAGUGUUUGUUAUAUUUCCAUAAAUGGCCUGUUCUGAAUUUUCCCUUUCAUGCAUACACGAUUGGUUCUCCUGUGUAGCUCAAUUUAGUUACCGGAAGAGAAAUGUUGUUGUCUUUUGUGCUAUGAUGAAAAUUUAAGAAAUUUUAUUGUGCCUG